AGAGAAAAGAAAGUAUUAGAGUCAAAAAGAAAGAUCUUAGUCUUCAUUCCAAACCCUUUAAUAAGAAACUUGAUUCAUUCAUUUAAAGACUUCACAUUUUGUCAUAUUUUUCUUCUUCUUUCUCUUUUCCUCUAAAAUCAUUUAUCCCACUUAUUCUUUAUCCAAACUCAUCAUCAUACAUACAAUCACAACCAAUCAAGAAAGUAUUGAUGGACGGUGGAGGAUGGGGACUUGCCCUUGAAUCAUCAUCAUCAUCAUCGGAUCAUAAUAAGCUUAUCACACCCAAUAAUAUCUUUAAUUCUUCGUCUAUUCAUCAUAAUAUAAACAAAAACGAGAUGUUUAAAAGUCUUGAAUUUCCGAUUAAUAUCAAACGUCGAUCUGGAAAUCAGAUGGAAAAUCAUGAUCAUAAUCAUGAUGAUCAUAAUGGCAAAAAUGUUGUAGAUGUUCUUAAUUUUUUUCCAGAACGUAAGGAGAUCAUCAAAGAGGAAACUGCUCCAUCUGAUCAUCAAAAUCGCCGUGAUAUUAUAAAUACGGGUUUACACCUCCACACUAAUAAUACCGGGAGCGAUCAAUCUACAAUAGAUGAUUGUGCUUCUUCUGAUAUUGAAGACAAAAAAAAUAAGAAUGAGCUAACAGUUCUUCAAAGUGAGCUACAACGUAUGAAUACCGAAAAUGAACGGUUAAAGAUUUUGCUACAUCAAGUACACACUAAUUACAUGCACCUAGAGAAUCAAAUGAAACAGGCAAGGUUCGAAAUUGCAAAAAAUAAGGCACAAGGUAAGGUAGAUGAGAUGCAAAUCAUGCAAGGCCAAUUCUUAAACUUGGCUCCUAAAGAGAAUAAUGAGGCCGAUGAGCUAACAUCUAAAACAGUGUCCGAUGAUGAAAGGACAAUUGAGCGCUCGAGCUCACCACUAAAUACGACAGAGGUAGCCUCAAUAAGGACCAACAAUAAGGACGUAGUCCUACCAAAUUAUGAUCAUGGAAAGAGAAUUAGGGAACAAAGUCUUGAAGAAUCGGAGGCAAAAAGGUGGCAAAAUAAGGUGCCUCAAUUGAUGAACAAUGUACCUAAACCUACUAGUCCUCCGAUCGAUCAUUCUGCUAAUGAAGCUACUAUGAGGAAAGCUCGUGUCUCGGUUCGAGCUCGGUCCGAAGCACCGAUGAUAAGUGAUGGAUGUCAAUGGCGAAAAUAUGGACAAAAGAUGGCAAAGGGUAAUCCUUGCCCUAGAGCUUAUUAUCGGUGCACUAUGGCGAUUGCUUGUCCCGUUCGCAAACAAGUUCAAAGAUGUGCCGAGGAUAGGACAAUAUUGAUUACAACUUAUGAAGGUACUCACAACCAUCCAUUACCACCGGCUGCGGUGGCAAUGGCCGAAACCACCUCAUCUGCGGCCACCAUGCUUCUAUCAGGCUCAAUGCCAAGUGGUGAUGGUCUAAUGAACCCAAAUUUCUUAGCUGCUAGGACCAUACUCCCUUGUUCAUCAAGUGUUGCAACAAUUUCAGCCUCAGCCCCUUUUCCAACCGUUACCUUAGAUUUAACCCACUCACCAAACCCCCUCCAACAAAGACCAUCAAUACCCUUUCCACCACCCAAUGCCCAAGUGGGACCCAACUUAUUGGGCUCAUUACCCCAAAUAUUUGGGCAAGCAUUGCUUAAUUCUAGCAACAAUCAAUCCAAAUUUUCAGGGUUACAAACUUCAACUCCACAAAGUAUAAACGCUGCGCACUUGCAACUUUCUAACCAAAACGCAGCGUUUAAUGAGACUCUAAGUGCUGCCACGGCUGCCCUCACCUCAGAUCCGAAUUUUACAGCCGCCCUUGUGGCUGCUCUCUCAUCGAUCAUUGGCGGUACGGCUCGCCCCCCGUCUGAACAUAAUCAUACUUCCAAUAAUGCCGGUGGGAACUCCCCUAGUGGUGCUACAACUAUUGGGAACAAUGCUAAUAAGGAUGCUUCAAAUAAUAGCAUGCAACAACAAUAAAUCGACAAUGGGGUGUUUGGUAAAACAGUUUAACGGAGAAUUUUAACUUAUUCCGAUACAAGUAGAUGGUUGAGUGAUCAAACUAUUUGAUAAUAGCAUGUUGAAAAUCAGCUUGUCAAAUCAGUUGCUUCAAUCAUCAAUCGACUAUAAGUCAUUUGCCAAAUUCUCUUAUAUAUUCGUUUCAUGAUAUAAUGGAUCCAAUCGAAAGUCUAUCUAUUAUCGAAAUGAGAAUCAAAUAAUUGGAUCCAAUAAUUAUAAUCUAUUAUUAGCUUGUGUUGAGGUAAACCUUUUUUUCUUUUCUUUUUUUUUUUUGCAAUUUUUGUUUAGUAAUAUUAAUAAUUUCUUAGUAGUUAAUAGAAAGGGAUGUGAAAGGAUGAAACACAUGUUCAUACUCUUUUUUCUUUUUUAUACACAGUGGGUCUUAGAAAAGACUUGUAGAGGACAGUUCAUUCUUUGAUCGUAUCAUUUUUUGGUUUAUGAAUAAUUUAAUGUGUAUUUCCGUAAAUAUGGCAUGAAAGAUAUAUAGUUCAACAUCUUUGUAAUUUAUAAAUGUAUUUUCUUACAUUAUUGUGUUAAUUUAAAUUUGAUCAAUGACUAUUUAUGAUGUUUU